UCCAAACAGUGUUGCAACAAAGGCAGCUGCCUCUAAACACUGUCGCAACAGAGGCAGCUUUCUCUUAACAUUGUGGAAACAAAGGCAGCUGCCUUUACAUAUCAGCUGCCUUUACAUAUCAGCGGCCGUUUCUGUUGACACCGGAAAUGCCUCUACGACCUACUGCGGGCACGAUUUGAGCGGAAAUGCCUCGACGAGCUACCGCUGCCACGAUUUGAGCUCUCCCUUACUGCUGGGGUCAGUGUGUUUCUUCUUCUCAUCGUGUCUGAAGAGGCGAACAAAACCGUAACGUCAAACAGCGUCUGGCUCUCGACGUCAGCUACGAUAUCGCUGCCACGCCGCUAAAGUUAGCUAACCCGGUGGAGUUUAGUUAAGCUAGUUGGCUAAAUACACUCAUUUCAAGGUCUGAGGCUUCCCAUCGUGUUUCAUGGGUGCACAGCUGUGUACUGUGCGGAGGAAAGUGUCCCUGUUGACCCGGAAUUCUCAUUACAAGGCCUGGUCGGUCUAAAUCUCCAGGUUCAGUGGGUUGGAGCAGACGAGUCAUGCUCACCUCCAGUGAAGUUGAAGAUGAGGUGGAUCAUUCAUUUUUCGACAGUGAUAAUGACGACGGUAGCGUCAGCAGAGAAGGAGGGGAAACGAGGGAGAAUCCACCAGUGCAAGAGAAGCUUCAAGCAAAACAGACUGAAAAAGCAAAUAAUGGUUUGUCCCAGAGGACUUAUGGGACAAAAAAACACCUGCAGAAAAUUAACAACAACAGAAGCAGUGGGGGAAGUAAAGAGAACAGCCAUCUGUCAAAGGAAGAAAAUAACCGAAGGGUUUCUAACGUAUCAUCUGUAGCCUCUGUGUCAGAUAAAGGCAUCAGUGACAGCAGUGAUAGUGAGGAAGAUUACAAUGUGCUCUCUAAAAGACCCAAUAAGACAUUCAUGUCUUUGUUGGAUGAGGUAAAGGAUAGGGACAUGUACAACCAGAGUCCAGAUGAGACUGAAGAAGAAGCAUCGGGAUCCAAUGCCAAACCCUUGAAAUGGAGAAAUACACAAUCUUCUAAAAAACUGACAAGAAAAUUGCCUAGCCAAAUUCCAUCCCCCUCUUCAGCCGAGGAAGCAGACUCAGAGAGCGGCUCUAGCUGUAGUUGUAGAAGGUCCUCCACCCCUCACAAACCCAUGAAGUCGUCUUUAUCCCCUCGAGAGAGACAGUCCACAGAGGGCGGGGCAGGAUCUCGGGACAUGACCACCAGCUGUGCAGAGGAGUCGGAUGAUACAGUGACAGAUGUGAGCCCCCUCUCCUCUCCUGACAUCAGCCCUCUGCAGUCGUUGGACCUGAACCACACAGAGCCAGAGGAGCAAAGCUCGAAAGAGCAGCAGCAGGAGAGUGUGCCCUCCAGUGGCCUCAGCGAUACAUGUCAGUACGAGGACUCAGAUCAGGAUGUGGAUGAGUGCUCCCUCAGUUCAGAUAGUCAACUUGGAGGUGGACUGGUCGUCUGCUAUCCUGGACAGAAAAACAGGAAGAACUUCUCAUUCAACAACAUCGAUGUCCGGCGCAUAGAUCAGGAGAACCAGCGACUGCUUCGGGCGCUGUCACGCCUUUCUGCAGAGCCCAGACCACAGAGUGCGGCGAAGAAGAAAACCAAGAAAGGCAGCAACUCGCCUGCCAUUCGCCUUAAUUACAGCGCAGUUAACAGGCAGCGGGAUCAGAAACGGAUCGAGAGAGAGAAUCUGGUUUUUCUGAAGCGACUGGAGUCUGCCAAGCCUUCAUCUGGUAUGAAGCGCUCAGAGCAACUGGCAGAUUACCAGCGACUAGAAUCAUAUUUGGGAGGUCCUGUAUACCCAAUGUGGCCCUCUUCAAAGAAAGACAGGUCCUCCUGCGGAACAAACUCAGUGGGUCCCAGGUCUGCUAGUUCCACCAACCACAGCUCCAGAGCAGUUUCCACCACCACAGACUCCGGCAGCACGCCUGCACCCACGUCAAACAAACGGUGCAGCAACCAAAGCCGUUUUCAGACAUGAACUCCAGAGUUUCUCUUUUAAAUAUGAAGAACGCAGCAGGAGUUUCCCUGGUCCCCGGAUCAUCGUCGUUGGUGUCUUCCUUGUGUACAGCAUUGCUUUUUCAUACUGAGAUAUUUGAUGUUUUGUUUGUUUUUUGUCAUCUUUGCGUCGAUGGAGGUUAGAAACAUCAUCAAUGUGCCCACUCGCUCGCAGUGAAUCAUCCAGAGAACCUCCUGCUGUUCUCGCUCGUGGGCUCACUGGAACAUUAUCUGGGGAUUUUCCCGCCAGGAGAAACUCCCUAGAACAUACAGCCCCUCCAGAGAAUGUCAGGAGAUUCUCUGGAGUUCUGUUCGUGUUUGAAUGCAGUUUAAGAAGCAUGUUGCUGGAUACCUUAAUUCAAGUUCAGCAUUAUAAAGAAGGUGGAAUUUUUUUCUGCUCUUUGAUGCUGAAAUAUAGCCAACGAUGCUCUCUCAUUAUACACUCUAAUAGUUCAACUGUGGCUUCUCAAUACUGUGGUAAGAUCACUGGGUGCAUUUCUGUAGAAAAUAUUGCCUUUACAUCAACUGCUAUUAUAAAUUAUGCAUUACAAAAAUAGCACAAUAAAUUAAUUUAUUAUAUCAGUAAGUAAGUGACAUUUUGGUUUAUUUCUGCAAUUUCUCACAUUUGUUCAAAUUCUAAUGUGCUAUAGAAUUAUAAACAAAAUGAAAAGGUUAUAGGGAAGUUAAUAUUUGUUGUUAUUAAUAUAUUGUUGCUUAUAAAAUAAAAAGGCUGCUACUUC